AUGGCUACACUAAACGAGCAACUUGCGACAUUGAUCGAGAACUACUCACCCUGCGAUGUAUCAGACGCCCUCAUCAAACUACAAAAGACACCCGAGGGCAGCACAGCAAGAGCAGGUUAUCUUGCAGAUCUAGUCCCAUUUUCUCCCAUAACAGGACGAAAUGAAACAAUGUCCAAGAUUGCCGCCCCAGCAACUACAUUCAAGUUUCUUGCUAAAGAAGCCAGCCCGCCAUCAAUCGCAACAGAAAAUCCCGAAAAGCAUGGGUUUCCUCCCGGUAAGCACUGGGUGGAUCAUGUUGGCGCGUAUCAAGCGUCGGAUCCCUCCGGUGCUGGAUCUAUUGUCGUCAUUGAGCAGCCUGAGGACCAGUACUGCGCUGUGACGGGUGGGAUCAUGGCAACUCGGAUGAAAGCCCUUGGUAUCAAAGCUACGGUUGUGGGCGGCCGGGUUAGGGAUUUGAAGGAAUUACAGGCGACUGGACUUCCGAUCUGGGCGCGCGCUGCUUCUACGGUUGGGACCAAUGCUGAGGCGAAGGCUGGGGCUCGUGAUGUGCCGAUUUCUAUUGGGGGUGUUACCGUUUCUCCUGGAGAUAUUAUCUUUUGUGACCCAUUGGAGGGAGUGGUGGCCAUUCCUCGCGAGCUUCUUGGUCAGGUGCUUGAUCUCAUGCCUGCGUUGACAAAGAUGGAUGACCAGGCGAAGGAGGCUGUUGCGCAGGGAAUGAGUGUCACUGAUGCUUUCAAGAAGUUCCGCUCAUAG